AUGGGCUGUUCCCCAUCCAAGGGUCACCUCUUCCCAGAGGUAGCAGAGGGGAUCCACAAGGCUCUGCUGCCAGGACCACCAAAGUUGGGUGACAUCAAGCCUGUUGAGGGAGAAAACCAAGAUAUUGACGAUAUGGAUAUUGACAAAGAAUUAGAGGAACUCUCAUUAUCAGAGGGGAAUCCUAUUGCCCCUCUGGGCAAAGUGGCUGACAUGGCCCCCAACACAGCCAUUGUGUCAAACCCAGGGGCCGUCUCUGAAACAGAGGUCAAAAUGACGUCACAGGUGAGAGACAUACAGAUUGAGGAAUUACCGGAAAAGCAGGUGAAAAAGGUAGCGAAGCGAAGGAAAAAUAAGGGCGUCAAACAGGGUCGUCGAAAAGAAAAGGAGGUAAAUACCUCCAUCAUCCAGGAGAAGGUGGACCUCCCCAUGCACAUGGCGAGAGCUCACCAGGCUGCCUACGAAUACCUGAACCCCAACAUCUUCAAGUGUGAGAACCUGCUGGAGCUGCUGGACCAGGCCGCCCAGACCCAGCUCUCCCUGCAGCCCAUGAUGACAGCCAUUGUAAUGCGCUUCGAGGAGGUCAACCAGGCCCUGGAGGAGAUGGCUGAGGAGGGCGAGCUGAUGCUGAAAGAGCAUAGCAACCACAUGGCCUGGCCCUCCGAGACAAGGGCCCCAGCUCCCAUCCCUGCCAAGCCCAGUGCUGACCUAUCAGAACCCCCUCCAGACCUGCUGCAGCAGCUGCUCCAGCAUUCCACUGAAAAGUUAAAGCUGGUGGGGAGCUCGGUCCAAGGCCUGGGAGACACUGCUCUGGAAGAGGCGGCAGACUACUUUGCCUCGCUAUCUAAACUACUGGGCGAGAAGCUGCAGGCCAAGCGAGCGGUAGACGAGCGUCUGAGCCAGGUGCUAGCACGCGUGGAGGCAGCCGCCAAGUGCAACCUUGAUGACUUGUCCCUUCACAGCGAGGACAGCGGCAUUGGGGGAGAGAACGAGUCGCUGACGGGAUCAGAGCGCCACCGUUGCCAACAGGGGAGCUCUGGGUCCAGUGGCCGUGCCCGCCCCACACUCCCAAGCCAUUCACCUGACCAGGUAUGCCUUAAUAAAGGUGAGGAUGAGGAAGAAAAUGAGGAAGAUGAUGAUGAUGAAGACGAGGAGGAUGAAGAGGAAGAGAGGUCAUGGAGGGUGCGGUCCAACUCUUCCUUGCCAGACCCCAUUCAGACCCCCAAGCGCAGUGAGAGGCAGCCACCCAAACGACCCCAGACCACUGCCCCCUUGGGCAGGCCGGUGAGACCACCACACUCACAGUCCAUAGAAUCUUUCCAUGUUCAGGAGCUGCAACAGAAAGACCUGGACCAGCAGAUGGGAGACGACACUCUGAGAAGACACUCUUCAGGAGGGAGGAAGGUUUCUAGAUUUAAACUCGAAGGGUCCGCGAAGGCAAACCAAGCACCAAGUUCUCUACCAGCAAUAGCACCACAACCCCCUGGCCGCAACUCUGUCAAAAGACUCAUAAACACAUUCAGUGGUGGGAUGGACAGUAGACCAGGACAAAGUCUCACUAGUGCACACCUUAGGGGGUCUAGGAGGAGUGAAUCUCCCAUCUUACCCGACCUUGGAAGUGGAGAGGACAUUGUCAAUACCAACAACAAUAAUAACAGCUGGCCAGUGGAAGGCAGGGAGGACCUAGAUGUGGACAACCUGCCCCCACCUCCCCCUGAGGUCCUGAUGGACAACUCCUAUGAGAGCAACGAGGAGAACCCGGGUGAUGAGGACGGGGAAGAGGAGGACGUCGACAGGAGGGGCCACCCUGUGCCACACCAAAGGAGCACCGCCUCUCAGCGCCUGAGGGCCUCGUUGCAGAGCAUGACAUUGUUGCCCAACCGUGGCAGUGUCGGACCAAUCAGGCAGGAUGCCGUGGCGGGUGGAGAUCAGCAGCCAGCCUCUGAGGUCAACCAAAAGACUGUGCAGGCCUCCUCGCUCUACCGCCAGGCCUGCAAGAUCAUCCACCUGCGCAAUGAAGCUGAAUCCCCUCCUACGAGACCUGAUCAGGGUGUCCGAGGACCCCUUAGAGUUGGGGUGAGCCUCAGGCAAAGAAGCAGCAACCACUAUGAGGGGGAGUAUUACCCCACGAGCAUGCCACCAACCGUCCCAUCAGUCUCCAGAGUUCGCCUACCACCCUCUUGUCCCUCUACGCACCACAGACUACCAAGCCCCCCUGCUUUCGCACAGCCUAAUCCACCCUCACGUCCAUCCUCUCCCCGGGUCCUGAGAUGGAGCACGGAGAACAGUGGUGAAGAAGGCAUGUCGCCGUCAGUGUCCUUCAAUGAUGCCCGAUUGGUGUUCUGUCAAAAUAGCCAAUCGAACUCCCAGAUUUGGACCCCCUCCUGUAGCUCUACACUACCCAGGCCCUAUGGUGAGCUCUCCCGGGGAAGGGUGUCCACACGAGGGUCCCAGACUGUCAGUAGGCGCAGCCAGUCUGACCAGAGACCCAGCCUGACGACUCAACGGGAGGAGUUCCUUAUCCCAGGCACACCACAGGCCCGGACACGAGGAAGUGAGCCAAAUAUCACCAAUAACAGUGAAAGGUGAGUGUCUCCCUUUACUCCCUGGGUCUAGCUAAAAGUUUAGUGUACCUAACAUGAUGACCAAACCGGCUCCGGAGGGGCGUCCACGUGCACCAUCGUGCGCAUGUUGAGUUUGUCUAUCCCCACCAGACAAGAUCAGGACACACAGGUUGAAAUAUCAAAACUAACUCUGAAUCAGCUAUAUUAAUUUGGGAACAGGUCAAAACACAUAUGAAACAUUCAUGGACAUUUAGCUAGCUAGCUUGUUGUUGCUAGGUAAUUUGUCCUUGGAUAUAAACAUUGGGUAUUUUACCUGAAAUGUACAAAGUCCUUUUUUUUGCUGGAUCUUUGUAGAAUAUCGUCCCAUUUUGAGUCACACAAAAUCUUGGGUUCUCUACUCCGACAAUUAAUCCACAGAUAAAAGGGGAAACCUAGUUAGUUACUACUAUUCUUCUCUUCUUCUUCUUCUGUGGAUUUUAUAUGGUGGUUGGCAAUCAACUUUAAGGUGCAUUACUGCAACCAACUGGACUGGAGUUUGGACCUCGUUCAUCUUUCGAUCACCCAUGUGGGUAUAUGCUCCUAAAAACCAAUGAGGAGAUGGGAGAGGCAGGACUUGCAGCGGCGUCAAGCGUCUAAAAUAGAACCAAGUUUGGAUGAAAUUAUAGAAUAACAUGUAGGUGUACAUUUAUUUUGCAAUGCUCGCUAGGGUUGAAUAUUAUCCCGGUAUUUUACAAAUGUUCCAUCCCCAGAAUAAAUCACUUUUCUCCCAGGUAACCCGGUAUUUCCGGAAGUGUCAUUCAAAAGCAUUAUAAAGCAUAGAAAAUGUCUGGAUUUGAUUAGAGCUUAGAUUAGCAUGAAAAUUCAAACCUGAUGCUACCUGAGCCUGAUGAGCCAUACAUUAAAUACAUUUUAUGAGCCCUACAUUAACGACAUUUCAUGAGCCCAAGCCCAAAAAAGGCCAAAUGAUUGCGCCAUUAUCCAAUACAUACUGAAUAUGAUAUAGGCUACUGAACAUUACGCACAACAGAAAAACAUAAAAGCCCAUAGAUGUAGCUAGCUACAUGUAUAUGCUCUCUUGGGUAAAUAAAUGAAACUUGCUCCAUUAGGCUAAUCUUUUUUAGUGUGAACUGUAUUACUGUAGUGCAUUAUACUGUAUUAUAUGAACUGGAAUUACGCACAUCGUUCAAACCACGGGGGGCCAGUAUAAAAGUUUGGGAUGAGUCGGACCGCAGAGUGAUGGAAAAGCAGCCAACAAUCAGCCUCCUGAGUGGCGCAGUGGUCUAAGGCACUGCAUCGCAGUGCUAACUGUGCCACUAGAUCCUGGUUCGAAUCCAGGCUCUGUCGCAGCCGGCCGCGACCGGGAGACUCAUUGGCGGCGCACAAUUCGUCCAGGGUAGGGGAGGGAAUGGCCGGCAGGGAUGUAGCUCAGUUGAUAGAGCAUGGCGUUUGCAACGCCAGGGUUGUGGGUUCGAUUCCCACGGGGGGCCAGUAUAAAAAAAUAUGUAUUCACUAACUGUAAGUCGCUCUGGAUAAGAGCGUCAUGUAAAAUGUAAAUGUAAUGAUAAAGCAAAAUAGAACAUGCGAUUCUGGUGCAGCCUACAAAUUUACAAGUAUAGGCUAGCGAAUUUGAUUUUAAUUUCGAAAUAUAAUAGGGCCUAUUUGUAUAAUUAGUAGACUGACGCAUAUAUACCUUUCAUAAUAUUUCCCCUAAUGUUUUAGCCUACCUCCUCUUUCUCUCUCUAUUGUUGCUUCAUUCCUUCCUCACAUUCAACAGCUAAAUGAAAUAAGUUUUGUUGUCCUUAUCUUCACCAUUCUAUUGACAUCCUUGAAUAAUAUAGGACUAGAAUUGGAUGCAGAAGGCUUUCACUUCUCUUCACGAAGAUUGAAUGGUUAUGGGUCUGAAUAAAUAACUGCUAUAGCCUACCGCCAUCGAGUAUUCGCUCUUCUUUCUAUUGGCUGCUGUAUUUAACAUUCAGUAAAAAAGAGCUUGCCUCCCUCUUCGAAUAGUCUAUUGGUAUAAGAAAUGUUUUUAAAAAAGAAUGUCCAGCAAGCUAUUCUACUCUAGCUUUUCUUGCAUGUGUCUCCAAGAGCUAAGGAGCGUUUUUUAAGAAGAGGCCAGCGGAGCACAGGCAUUUGCGUAUUGCGCAAGAGACAGAGGCUAUAAGUUAGACGCUUACUAUGCAUAACCCAUCAUUAAUUAGCUAAAUAUAAGGCUAAUACUGCAUUGAAUUUAUUACCUGAAAGAGGUAGGCUAGGACAUCUAUAUAUAGGGCUAUAUAUCAAUCUAGAACAGGAUUAUCUACACUACCGGUCAAAAGUUUUAGAACACCUACUCAUUCAAGGGUUUAUCUUUAUUUUCACUAUUAUCUACAUUGUAGUAUAAUAGUGAAUACAUCAAAACUAUGAACUAACACAUGGAAUCAUGUAGUAACCAACAAAGUGUUAAACAAAUCAAAAUACAUUUUAUAUUUCAGAUUCUUCAAAUAGCCACCCUUUGCCUUGAUGACAGCUUUGCACACUCUUGGCAUUGUCUCAACCAGCUUCAUGAGGUAGUCACCUGGAAUGCAUUUCAAUUAACAGGUGUGCCUUAUUAAAAGUUAAUUUGUGGAAUUUUCUUCCUUCUUAAUGCGUUUGAGCCAAUAAGUUGUGUUGUUACAAGGUAGGGGUGGUAUACAGAAGAUAGUCCUAUUUCGUAAAAGACCAAGUCCAUAUUAUGACAAGAACAGCUCAAAUAAGCAAAGAUAAACGACAAUCCAUCAUUACUUUAAGACAUGAAGAUCAGUCAAUACGGAACAUUUCUUCAAGUGCAGUCGCAAAAACCAUCAAUGAUGAAACUGGCUCUCAUGAGGACCGCCACAGGAAUGGAAGACCCAGAGUUACCUCUGCUGCAGAGGAUAAGUUCAUUAGAGUUACCAGCCUCAGAAAUUGCAGCCCAAAUAAAUGCUUCACGGAGUUCAAGUAACAGACACAUCUCAACAUCAACUGUUCAGAGGAGGCUGUGUAAAUCAGGCCCUAAUGGUCGAAUUGCUGCACAGAAACCACUACCAAAGGACCCCAAUAAGAAGAAGAGACUUGCUUGGGCCAAGAAACACGAGCAAAGGACAUUAGACCGGUGGAAAUGUGUCCUUUGGUCUGGAGUCCAAAUUGUAGAUUUCUGGUUCCAACCGGCGUGUCUUUGUGAGACGUGGUGUGGGUAAACGGAUGAUCUCUGCGUGUGUAUUUACCACCGUAAAGCAUGGAGGAGGAGGUGUUAUGGUGUGGGGGUGCUUUGCUGGUGACAUUGUCCCAUCUGGUUUGGGCUUAGUGGGACUAUCAUUUGUUUUUCAACAGGACAAUGACCCAACACACCUCCAGGCUGUGUAAGGGCUAUUUUACCAAGAAGGAGAGUGAUGGAGUGCUGCAUCAGAUGACCUGGCCUCCACAAUCCCCCGACCUCAACCAAAUUGAGAUAGUUUGGGAUGAGUCGGACCGCAGAGUGAUGGAAAAGCAGCCAACAAGUGCUCAGCAUAUGUGGGAACUCCUUCAAGACUGUUGGAAAAGCAUUCCAGGUGAAGCUGGUUGAGAGAAUGCCAAGAGUGUGUAAAUCUGUCAUCAAGGCAAAGGGUGACUAUUUGAAGAAUCUCAAAUAUGAAAUAUAUUUUGAUUUGUUUAACACUUUUUGGGUUACUACAUGAUUCCCUAUGUGUUAUUCCAUAGUUUGGAUUUCUUCACUAUUAUUCUACAAUGUAAGAAAUUGUAAAAAUAAAGAAAAACCCUGGAAUGAGUAGGUGUGUCCAAACUUUUGACUGGUACUGUAUAUGCACACCUUAAGUUGCCUUAACCAUUUUGAUGAACAGAUGUGACCUGAGCGUUAACUUGGAGGUUAAUCAAAACAAGUAGAACAGUAAACAUGUGAGACAGCUUGCAUACGGCACCCUGUUCAAUAAUUUUCACGUUAUUUUAAAUUACUACAGAAGUCUGAGGAUCUUAAAAGGUGUCGUAACCAACUAGAGCGAAACAAGUUCAGUGGCAUUUUGAUGGAUCCGUUUUCUAGGUAGUGGGUGUGUGAUCAUCUGAUUGUUUUUCAUAUACGUCACCUUUGUUUAUGUGGGUUAAAUAAUUGUUAUGCCACUGUAAAUGCCCAUGUCUGCAUUACAAACAUGAACCAAACAAGUUAGUUUGUUAUUGGUCCAGUAUCGGGGAACACAAUCUUCAAAGCAGAGUGCUGAUGAUAGAGAGUGUAUGAAAAUGACAGUAGGCCAGAGGGAGAGAAAGUAUCAUGGAAAUGCUGAAGGAAUGUGGACAAUUCUUACCGCAAAGAACUGAAGUGACACUUCUCACAGUAACAUGAUGAGGUGCUAUAAAAUUUGAAAGCCAGAAUGAAGGUUUGCGCUCAGGCUAGAAUGAAUGGUGGCCGGUGCGUGACAGAAAAAAUAUAUUUAAAAGGUACUCACGCUCAAACUAUAAAAAAGUAAAAUCUGAUAAAACCGAGAUGCAUAGAUAUACUUAAUUUAAUCCAUGCACGAAAUAAUACAAAAGGUGAAAAAAAAAAGGAGCAUAUGUUCCUUUACAGCAUUUGUAAUGGUUUGAGUGUGAGUGCUAUUACAUUAGCACUUCUCAGCUAUCUGGCCCGCUACCCCACAUAAUCCACUCAUGCACUAAAGCCUAUUAUUUUCCUGUUGUUUUAUAGGAUGGUCAAUGGUCUUGUGAUGGAAGGGGAGAACCAAUCAGAUCCAAGUGAUGUUGCUCCAACUGACUUGGACACUGAGCAGUAGUGAAUGGCAGCCUGCCAGGGUAGAAUCUACCGAGCUAAUUAGAAGGUGAGGACUGAGCAUAGAAACGUUAGAACGUUAUUCCAACAACAAUAACAUUUACAAAAUAAAUAAAAAUAUAUUCUAAUUAGGAUUAGUUGAUUUGUUGAAGAUUAAUAAUGAGUAUACUUUGCAAUCUGUCAAUACAUUUCUGAAAAUGUUUUAUAAUGAUUGACUAUGACUAAUUAUAUAUUGGUGAAUUGGUAAAAUUAUUAGUUUCUUGUUCAUGUCAUACUGUUUAUGAAUUAGCAUUUUGUGUCUGAACUGUUGGCAUUUUUGUUAUACAGUAACUACAGUGUUUGUUUGCAAAUGUUGCUUUAUUAUUAUUAUU